GGAGCCUUGCACCACACCAAGGCACACAGGAGGUGGGACAGCCCUGAAGGAACACCUGAGCUCUGAAGAGACAUCUCUUGAAGUAAGGGGUGAGCAGCACCUCAUGGGAGACGGAAUCAGUGGAACACCCGACAACAACCUGCUGUCGCUCCUCCUCUCCUCGCAACCGACUCUCACCCCCCUUCCUCCUCCUCCUCCUCCUCCUCCUCCAUCCUCUCUCCCUCUCUCAUUUGAUCCCAUCCCUCACUCCCUGCACCAGAGAGGGAGAGCGUGCACAGAGAGAAGAGCGUGGGAGCCAUCCAAGACGUAGGGACGAAGACUAAAAGGCACGAGAGAGUGUGAAUCCACUAUGGCGCUGUCUUGGUGUCUUGGUGCAGCUUUGGCACUGGUAUGUGGAUCUUUGUGGCCCCAGGUGCACUCAGGUGUGGCACCUGAGAAUGAGGUGCCACUUCGCCCAACUACGUGGUUACCAGAAGGAAAGAUCACCUCUGUAACCCUACCUAAAGGACGAACUCGCAGGUUAUACUUCACGCUGAAGAAGAAAGCUCCGGGGAUGUCGGUGACAGUCAGCCCCUGUGACCUUCCCAUUGAAUGGACCUUGGCUGCUCGCACCCUGAAGGACAAACCCCUCAAAAACAUGCAAUGGAGUACUAAAAAGAGCAUGCCUGAGGUGUGGUGGCGAGGUCCUGGGACAGAGGAGAAAAUACACAGCAAUACUGGCAAUGCAGUGGAAAGCUACAGUGGUCCGUCCUAUCCCAGUGCUUCCAUCUACAUCCUAAGGCUACGCUCCAAACAGCAGAACACCAGAGCUACAGUGUACCUUCAUGAAGGCCUGGGACCUUCAGGCAUCUUCCCUCUGCUCCCAGCUGACCCGCAAGUUCACACAUUAGGUGUAGGCAUGACCAGCGUCACCCUCAGCUGGGCACCCAGUGCCUCCAUAACGAGCCUCCCACAUACACAGACCAGUUAUGAAUACUGUGUCCUUGUCAACUCACAGGAAAACUACCCCAGCCUUUGUGCUGCACAGAAGAGUAUGAGGAAUGAGAAAGACCAAAAACAAGAAAAGAAGGACAGACGGAGCAGGGUGACGGUCUGGCCCAUUUUGAAAGAGUGGUGGUGGCAGCAGUGGGACACUUAUCCUGAAAGUCCUCAAAGUCCACCAGCUUCCCUCACUGAUGAGUAUGAAGACCUCCAAUGUGUGUGUCAGGGGACAGAAAGUGUUUGCACCGUCUCAGAGCUCCUGCCUGAGACCCAGUAUUACUUUGAUGUCUUUGUGGUCGACAGGCUGAAUGGGACCAGCAUGGCAUACAAGGGGACACUUGCUCGGACACAUGAGGAGGCUCGACCUGCUAUUACCGCCCUUAGAGAAGGAGAGCUGAGGUGGGUGACCUUCCAAGACAGAGGCUUCAGCUCGGAGCAGUUCUUCAGUUUCCGUCCUCGGGGUUGGCAACAGAGUGGCCUCCUCACCUUGCAGAGCUGUGGGGAAGGUGAAAAGGUCAAGGUGACUGUAUCUAGUAAAGGUCAGGUCUUGACCUCUCAGGCUGUUGGGCGAGAAUUAGUGCACAUAUGGCUCCAGGGAAGUACUUCCUAUCUCAUCCACCUGGAGAGAGAAGGAACUGCCAUGGACCACACGUCUGCUGUUACAGACCCAUCGCUACCAGAAGGUCUGACAGCUUCAGUCAAAAUGCAGACCUCAUCAGCUUACCACCGCAGAGGAGUCCCAUCUCUGCCCUCCACCUUACAGAUAAAAUCCUUCAACCGAUUGCGUGGUUGCAAUAGUGUCACACUAGCGUGGAUGGGAACAGAGGAAAGAAGCCUUUACUGUGUGUACCGCAGAAAGCUUGGAAGCCGUGAAGCAGAAGCUGGCGGAGCAUCAGCUCUAACUGCACCCUGUCUGGGGCCAGAGUCCCGCUCUGACACCGAGAGAGUUCUCUGCAAGUAUUUCCAAGAGCUGAAUCCUCGGCGGGCCGUCACUACAGCUGUGAUUGGGGGCCUGGAGCCAGGAAUGGCCUAUGUGUUUGAUGUCUAUCUAAUGAGACGCUGGGGGAUCCCUAUCAAGUAUACCAGCAAGAUGGUGAAGACUAGAAAGGAAUGCUGAGCUGCUGCCCCCUACAGGAGGUUUUUAAACUGUCUCAGUUAAGGGACAAAUGCAUCAGCCACGGGCAUGCUAUAAAGACUGUCCAAGAGAACGAAGCCAUUUGACUGUUGUAGAGAGACUGUUACCAUAACAAGGAAAUAUUCCCUCUGGAGGAGCAAUGGUUACAUUCAAGAUCUCCACUUACAAGAUCUGUGCAAGUGGAUAGAAAGCAUAUGAGAAGGAUCUGCACACCAGCAAAAGUUCAUAACAUUUACAAUACAGUUCCUGUGCUUUUGUCAUUUUUUCCAUUGUUGAUCAUAAUAAUAAUGUGCCAGUUGUCCAAGUGCUUAUUUUGUGUCAGAAUACAAAGAACGGAUGAGGUUUGUGACGACAAAAGUCAAGACAAAAACAACAACAGAGACUGUGCCAAAUAUGCAACAGAAGCAGAUGGGGCAAUAAUUAGAUAACAUCUGAGACGCGGGGGUUGUAGUAUAUAUCUCCAGUGCUGCAUAUUGUACAGGCUUAUAAACACAGAUGGGUGCAAUCUACAGAUGCUAAGUUCAAAGUCAGUGUGUAUCUUUGUGUUCUGCUCUCGCAUGAAGCAGUGAAAAUACUUAGUGACUUGCCUCAUUGUCUUUGAUGUAUUCUUGUGCUGCUUCAAACUCAUUAAUAAAUACUUGG